UUUCAACCAGCCCUCCGAUCCAACAAUUAUCCAAAUGGAGCUGACUCGGCCGACAGCAUGGCAUGACUAUCUUCGCCGAUGUCCGAUGAAGUGCAAAACGGAGAAACAAAGCCCAAAUACAGCGCAUUUCCCCUUCUCUUCCCUCCAGGUCUGCCUGAUCAAAUUAAAAAGGAAAACUAGAGAAAGUUCGCCACUUUUUAAUCUCUGUUGCCCUUUCUCUCCAAUUUGAUCCCUUGGAGUAAGAACCCUACCCCCAAAUCCUCCCCGCCCAAUCAAAGAAACCCUUUGUUUAGCUUUCUGGAAUGGGAGAUACCAAAGGAAAAAGAGGCCGAAAACCCAAGAACCCAAAACCCGCCGAAACCCUAGAAUCCCCAUCCUCCACUCCGCAUGACGACGUCUUCUCCGUCAGCAAUGUCGUCAUCCCCUCCGCUGCCACCGCCACCGCCUCCACCUCUUCCGCCGCCGCAACCACCGCAGCCCGCCCUCGUGGUCGCCCCAGAAAACUCCCCAAACUCCCUGAAAACCCCGAGCUCUACCCUCUCCCGACGCCCGCAAUCCUCUCCCCAGGCCGCCGCGUUCCCAACUGCAACGCCAUUGGAGUUGGAGCGGGAGGAGGCGUAGGAGGGGAAUUGGGUGGGCAUUCCGUUGGGGUUCGGUGGUUAACGGCAAUGGAUGCAGUAGUGAAAGUGUUUUGCGUUCACACGGAGCCCAAUUUCUCGUUGCCGUGGCAGAGAAAAAGGCAGUACAGUUCGAGUAGUAGCGGCUUCGUGAUUGGAGGGAGAAGGGUUUUGACGAAUGCGCACUCAGUGGAACAUUACACCCAGGUUAAAGUUAAGAAACGUGGGUCUGAUACUAAGUACUUGGCUACUGUCCUAGCUAUUGGAACCGAAUGUGAUAUUGCAAUGCUUACAGUCAACGAUGAUGAGUUUUGGGAAGGGGCAUCACCAGUAGACUUUGGAGAAUUGCCUGCACUUCAAGACGCUGUGACUGUUGUUGGUUACCCAAUUGGGGGAGAUACAAUUUCUGUGACGAGUGGAGUUGUAUCACGAAUAGAAAUCCUGUCUUAUGUUCACGGGUCCACCGAGCUCCUUGGUUUGCAGAUAGAUGCUGCUAUAAACUCAGGAAAUUCUGGCGGGCCCGCGUUCAAUGAUAAGGGCAAUUGUGUAGGCAUUGCAUUUCAGUCACUCAAACAUGAAGAUGUAGAAAAUAUAGGGUAUGUGAUACCAACGCCAGUUAUAGAGCACUUCAUUCAAGACUAUGAGAAGAAUGAAGCGUAUACCGGAUUCCCAAUUUUGGGGGUUGAGUGGCAGAAAAUGGAAAAUCCUGAUUUGCGUGCGGCAAUGGGCAUGAAAAUUGACCAGAAAGGUGUGCGAAUCAGAAGAGUUGACCCAACAGCUCCAGAAUCUGGGGUUUUGAAGUCAUCAGAUAUUAUUCUCGGCUUUGAUGGGGUUGAUAUUGCCAAUGAUGGAACAGUUCCUUUUCGGCAUGGAGAGCGGAUAGGUUUUAGUUACCUUGUGUCACAAAAAUAUGCUGGGGAUAGUUCAGCAAUUAAAGUUCUUCGCAAUUCUGAGAUUCUAUCUUACAACAUUAAACUUGCAUCGCACAGAAGGCUUAUUCCGGCACACAACAAGGGCAGGCCUCCUUCAUAUUAUAUAAUUGCAGGAUUUGUGUUUACAACUGUGUCUGUUCCAUAUUUACGUUCAGAGUAUGGGAAGGAUUAUGAAUAUGAAGCUCCAGUAAAGCUUUUGGACAAACUCUUGCAUUCAAUGCCACAAUCACCUGAUGAACAGCUUGUCGUGGUGUCUCAGGUUCUUGUGGCUGAUACCAACAUUGGAUAUGAGGACAUUGUCAACACUCAGGUCCUUGCAUUUAAUGGUAAGCCUGUGAAGAAUUUGAAGAGCUUGGCUGAGAUGGUAGAGAACUGUGAGGAUGAAUUUUUGAAAUUUGAUUUAGAAUAUGAACAGAUGGUAGUACUUAGGACAAAGACAGCAAAAGCGGCUACUCCAGACAUUCUUGCAAUGCACUGCAUACCGUCAGCAAUGUCUGAGGAUCUCAAGGCUGAAAAUGAUGGCCCUAACUUAUUGAUUUUGUUGUAGCUUUUCUAAGGCUACUGCCAUAGCUAGGAAGAAAGGUUAUAUUCUGCAGGAUGGUUCUUGUUAGCAUGUUAAUAGCUUCUUGGUUGGUAUAAUCCCAGUGCCUGCCAAUUAUGAAAGCAUGAUGUCCAAUGGCCAAAACAGAAGAAAAAAAAAUAGCCAAUGAUGGCCCACUUAGCCAUGAUUGAAGGUUUCCCCAUCCAGUGGCCAUUAUCAGAAAUUUUCUUUUUAUCUUUCUUUCUAAGAAUUUUGUAGAGAUAUGUGAAGCAAUUGUUUCCGGUGAUAGCUACUGGAAUGUACAUUUUUGAGAAAUGGAAGCCUAGUUUUCAAGAUCUAUUUAUCA